AUGCUCUACACUGAUGACGACGACCCAACAUUAAAGACACCAGUAGUACGACCUAAUGAUAUACUGGACAUCGACAUCUCGCCCGUAACCAGUGCUGCUUCAGUGUGCUGGCAGUACGGCUUCGACUGCAAAGAGGCGCUGCAAGAAGCAGUCAGCAAACCAAAGGUGAAGGGCAAGAAGGCAUCUGGAGAUCUACAUUCUAAAGGCGGCGUGCACAUGGGAAGUCCUGUGAAACGAGGAGACCCGUUUCUUCCUUCAGUCUUCCCUGACGAGAAUCCAAUAGCCGACUACAAUGUGAAGAAGAACUCUCGUAAAAAGCCAUCAGAUUGCAAAUGUAAGGGAUCUGGGUACAAUCUAAGCCCAAGCGCUCUGUUGCCGGAGGAGAUGCGGCAGCAGUGGGGUGUAGGGAUGUUUGGUAAGCCAACUUUGUCCAGAUCGAACGUUAUAUCCAGCAGCGCAUGUUGCAACAAGAGGGACGCUGACGCUAAAAGCUCGCAACCAAACAUGGUCCGGGCAGGAGAUGGGUGUGCCAGCAGCAGCUGCUGUGUGUUGAGGUGUAAAAGCUGCAUGAGAGACCCGUGUGCUUGUUCAGAAAUUUUUACAAAAGCCGACGGGUUUCGGAUUCCAGAGAUUAACGUGACACGGAAACAAAAAACUUCCACGAAGACAGCAAUGCCGAAAAGCAAAGAAAAUAAGAGCAUGAAUUCCUUGUUGCUCGGCAACACAAACAGCGUGUCUGUGUUGAAAAGAGUGACUGUCUACAACAAGGACAACAAUAACAUCAUCAGUACCAGCAAUUUCCACAGAAACAACACCAGCUCUGUACCGGGGGCUGGCCACAGCUCCUCGACCACAGAAAUGAACGGUUACAAGAGUGGACUGAUGGCCUCUCAAAGCAGCAGUAUCCGCCGAAGCCUCAACGGCAGCCUUGCUGGCAACACUAGAAAGUUAAACUAUUCCACGCAUGAACACUUGACAACAUUCCCACGGGCACGACACCGCCAGCAGCAGCCGGUACAGACUCGGCGACACCUGCCCAGCGUGACAUCUCCUCCUAUUCUUGCAACCACAGGUUUAAGGGUUCCCUCAAGCAUGCUUGAAAAUAAAUCCCCGAUGUCCCGGAGUGCGUCCCAGAUGUUUAUGAUGGGCAACCAAGGAUGUACUUGUGACAGCUGCAGACAACGUGCUAACCUCAUGUCGAAGAUGGAAGAGUUGGGAUUUUCCACUUCCCAUGCGCAGCAAAUGCUGCCUUCAUUUAUGCUUGAAGCAUCACAGAGAUACCAGUCAGCCAUUCUUCGAUCAGCGCUCUCAACCUCGGGAAGGUAUGCCCCCUACAACGUCCCAGGGUACAGCAGAUAUGGCCACACAUCAAGCAGUGUUUACUGCUCCCCAGAAAGAUACCAAAGCUCGAGUCCGUCAGUGUAUAACUACAGCGACUCCCCGGGCAUGAAGAGCCAAACUGCCACCAGUACGACGCCGCUGUCAGUAGCUCACCAAGCUAACAACAUCGACACGUCCUAUCUGGACAGUAGCAUCUCGUUGGUGGCCUCUCCCACGUUUUCUGGAUUUGGUGAAGACAUUACUGACUUAUCCAUUAAAGACACAGUAGAUUUUUUUGUAAGCAUGAAAUCGCCAUUUUUGAAAUUCUCAUCUGCUGCGCCACCAGAAGCUUUUUCUGUGCUGUGUUCCUCCAUGUCGUCUGGGGAACACAGUGUGUCGCCACGAUACAACACUAGCUCCAGUCCCUGGUACUGUUCUGCGGGGGUGUGCGGGUCUUCUUACACUAUGUCCCCUGUUAGCAGGGAAGCUGUUUACGACUCCUACCAUAAAUCAGAGGUUUCAGAAGCACAGACGCAGCCUAUGUCUCUUCUGUAUUCAUCGCUCGUUUCUGAUCUUGAAGACGAAUUGCGGUGUGCAAUAGAAAAUAUCCCUACGACCUGA